UAUCGAUAGAAACGCGACUAUGAGACUAUCCGAGCUCAUACCUAUCAUAUAUAGUUACCCCUCUCCAUCCACAAGUAAAACUAGUGUAAACGAGAAAAUGAAAGGAGGAAUAGAGCUGGUUUUCAUUCCGGCCCUUGGAAUGGGCCACCUUCUCUCCGCCAUCGAAAUGGCCAAGCUCCUCCUUCAGAAACGCCGCCCCGAUGAUCUCUCUAUCUCUGUAUUGCUCAUGAAACCUCCCUUCGGUUCCAAGCUUAGCUCCUACAUCGAAUCUCUUCUUUCAGCCAACGCCGAAUCGUUAUCCGGAUUGAAAUUCGUGCUUCUCUCUGCUAUGACGGGGACGGAUAACACUAAAAGGACCCCCUUUUUCGGCUCCUUAAUCGAAUCUCACAAGCAAAGCGCCAGUGAAAUUGUCCGCGGAAUCCAGACCCAGACGGCUUCCGGCGGCACAAGGCUCGCCGGAAUUGUUGUGGACAUGUUCUGUGUGGGAAUGAUGGACGUGGCCGACGAGUUUGGGAUUCCGGCGUACGUAUUCUACACUUCCGGGGCCGGAAUGCUCGGACUUCAUCUCCAUCUUCAGAGUCUCAGAGACGACCAUGGAAAAGACGUCACCGAGUUCAAGGAGUCGGACCCAGAUCUGGAAAUCCCGACUUAUUCUAAACCUUUCCCUGUAAAGCUUCUGCCAGCUGUUGCGCUGGACAAGAGCGGCGGCGCCGCAGACUCGUUUUCGGAUUUUGCAAAGGGAAUCCGGAAGGCGAAGGGCAUAUUGGUAAACACGUUCCUUGAGCUUGAACUGCACGCAAUUGAAUUUCUGCGCCGAGAAGAAGGGAGGAUCCCACCCGUGUACCCAGUGGGACCCGUACUCAACCUGCAAGGCGAAAAGAACGGAGAUUCCGGCGAAGAAAUCUUGAAAUGGCUUAACAGCCAACCGGAUUCUUCGGUGGUGUUCCUCUGCUUCGGAAGCGGCGGCAGUUUCCCGGAGCCUCAAGUGAAGGAGAUCGCCCACGCGCUCGAGCGCGGCGGCCAGAGGUUCCUGUGGGCUCUGAGGAAGCCGCCGCCGCCACAAGGAGCCUUCUACCCCACCGACCUCAACAACCCGGAGGACGUACUGCCGGAAGGUUUCUUGGAAAGGAUGAAAGACAUCGGAAAAGUGAUCGGGUGGGCGCCGCAAGCCGCCAUUCUAGCCCACCCCGCCGUGGGGGGCUUCGUGUCGCACUGCGGAUGGAAUUCGACACUGGAGAGCGUUUGGUUCGGGGUUCCCAUGGCGACUUGGCCGAUUUACGCAGAGCAGCAGGCGAAUGCAUUCCAAUUGGUGACGGAUAUCGGGAUGGGAGUGGAUCUUAAGUCGGAUUACAAAAAACCAAUUGGUUCUGAAAAAGUUCCCGAGACGGUGGAUUCAGAGGUGAUAGAAGCCAAAAUUAGAAAGCUGAUGGACCCUUCAGCUGCUAGGAAGAAGGCAAAAGAACUUAAAGAAAAAAGUAGAGAGGCGGUGGAGGAGGGUGGCUCGUCCUUAAACUUUCUUGAGGCUUUCUUCCAUGAAGUCUUUAACAACUACUAACCGGAUCCGGAACCUCUGCCAUACUUCAAAGUAAGGCACGGUGCCCGGCCCUCGGGAACCAUCCGAUCAAAAGAUGGACGGUCGGAGAUGUUGAAGCGCAGAUCCCGAGGCCGCUCUUCCCCCAUCCGAGGAUCCCAAUCCCUACUAACCUGCCUCACUCGCUGGGAUACAUUGUCGGAUCCGGGCGUGGGAGACUUACUGACUUGCCUCACACGUUAGCUUCUCCGUGUUUUUUUUUUCGAUUAAUUUUCAAUAAUUUUAAACUUCAUCUUGUAAGGUUUGUCUAUGAAAAGGGAGAUACGGAUCGAUAAGGGAGUGUCAAUUCAUAUUUUUACCCUAUUAGUUUUAGGGAGUGUUUGCAAAUGCUUCAACUUUAAAAAAGUGGUUUUUUAAAGUGAUUUUGGGAAAAGUGAUUAAUAGUAAAAGUUGGUAGUGUUUGAGAAAAAAGUGAUUCUGGAAAAGUAAAAGUUGGUAGUGUUUGGUAAAAUAAGUACUUUUUGUGUAAUAGAAAAAGUGAGAAGCAGUUUAAAGCACCCUUCUACCUGCUUCCAGCUUUUAGCUUUUAAGUGAUUAAUUUAACCAGAAGCUAUCAUUUGAAAACACUUUUUUCAACUUUUUUUAAGUCAAAAGCUGAAAAGCGCUUUUUUUAAACAAACCCAAACACUCCUUUAAUAGCAUUCCAAUCGUGUCUUGCACAGGAAUUAGUUGAAUAAAUAAUUGCGUAUGUGUUACUCCGUACGUAGUAUUAUUUAGUUGUUAUGUGUCUUGUAACACACAAUUUUAUCAUUAAUAUAUUUACUUAAUUACUAA